AUGAUAGUAAUACUGGAAACAACACUAACAACACGAUUAUCAACUAAAACGCAGAUACCAACAAUGGAAAAUAAACAGAAAACUCUGAUACAGAGAAGAAAGACGAAAAUAACACGGAAAAGGAAAAGAGUAGGACAGGAACAUACAACAGAUAUGGAGGUCGAUGACAAUAGUGACAAAAAUACUAAUGAUUUGGUAGAGCCAAAGAAAACGAGAAAACUAAAGCACUUCCUGUUGCAAGUUGAAAACAAAGCCAAACUUAGUCUUAAAAACACGUUCCAACCAUUAACAGAUGACUCAGACGAAGACAGUGACGCAGAUAUAGAAAGAAGGAGAACCAAAAGGACUAAAAACAACCCCAAAAAGGCAACUGAAACCAUUGAGGUACUACAAGCAGCACAAAAAGACACACCUAAGGGGUGGGGACACGCAACAUCCAACUGCGGUCGCCCACCCCAAUGCCUAAAAUGUGCAGGGGACCACAUCACACGAAUCUGUACCAAAACGCGUGAUACUGCGAAUUUCACCAAAUGUAGGCAUUAUACAGAAAGGCUCGAGAGACUUGAAACAAAAAAAGCUCUGGAGAACAAAAAAUACGUAGCAGCCCCCAUACCCAAAGAAAACGCUUGGAAGCGUAGUCACAGACUGCAAGCAGCAGGUAGAGGCCAUGUUGCAGAGAGGCCAAAACAGAGAAGAAUUCCCACCACUACCAAUCCAACAGCAAAGGGCCAGGCCACUGGCAAAACAACCCACCACUAG